AGUUCCCUUGGUGCGUUUCAGGGCGUUUUUAAAAGGCAUUCAUUGCUUGCUACAAAGUGUCCUCCAGUGUAGCCUGCGACUAUCGCAGAACUGUGACGAGUAUCGAUGAAACUGGCACACUGCGCUUGCGGGGAUUCCAUUGCACCUUCCUGCAAAAUAGUGAUCACAAAUAGUACGCCUGUGCUGUUUUUUCCUACGCCGUAACUAACGAGCAAGCCGGCACUAGAGAAAGCCGCAGGAAAUGACCUAGAGGCCUUGUAGAUACGCUCGUGCUUUGCCGCUCCAGACCGCAAUUGUGGAGAAGCUCAAUCUGGAAGCAGCACUCGUUUCCGUGCCGACCGUAAUAGCUAACCUCAGCCAGCAGACGGAAAGGAGGAGAACGGCUGCGAAAACAAAGUCUGCCCGCCCCGCCCCCGUCCACCCCCCCCACCACCCCUCCCCUCCGGGUUUUUAAUAGUCGGCCAUCGCGCACUCCACACAAGGCCUGGAUGAGCUACCAAUAGUUCAGCCUCCCCCCACCCCCCGCCCCCCUAGCCCCCUACCCCCAUACUCCCCCACCCCCCCCCCCGUCCUCCACUACGCGGAACAGAUCAUCGACGGGCCGGGUCUGUCUUUACCUCUCAGCCGAAACCGGCGGAGCCUCACGCAGGGCUUCUCUGACGGAGGAAGCGUCAGGGCACUGGAACCUCGCAGCUUUUGUUUAGUCACUUUUUUCUUUUUUUUACAUUUCCUCCUCUCGCUGUUGACCGGCGUUCCAGCGUCUCUUGUGUUUGCUUACAUAUUUUAAAAGAUUUAGUAUUUUUUUCACCAAGAGAUCUGCGUAUACGCGAACAGAAGGAAUUUUCCUGCUUCCGUUUGAAGGCUGCUGCGCUGUUUCUGGAUCGAGGAUUAAACGUCGGCGUGAGAGCGAGUUUGAGGAAGUGCUGAAAAGGCUGUGCUUUGAAUUCUGCACCCUUCGACCGCCCGCCACAGGCCCUCUUCAAGGCUGAGACGCAAGACCAUAAGACGAGCACCUUUCGCCUCCGUGACCCUUCCUCCUGGGCUGUGGGAUUAAACCUGCAGCCGGGCUCCCUUCGCAGGGGGAGUAGUCGCAGCCAGUCAGCGAAGUCGCUGCCCAUCUUCUCCUCCCUCUCCGCUGCUACUGCGUAGCCGUCGGAGAUGCCUCCAAGGCAGACGGUGCCCUUAAGCUGUCUCUUCCCCCGACUUUAAGAAGCCCUGCGUCUGGAGGUGGGGGGGGGACCGUCUCCGCGGGACCCGAGAGACCAGCGGAGCGAGGGGACGAGCCCGCGAAAAGAAAAGAAGAAAAGAAAAGAAAAAAGCACCGUUCCCGGGGACAGCCCGUCACCUAUGUAUUGCUGCAGCGCGCAGGAAAGCAAAAUGGACUACAAGCGGCGCUUCUUGCUUGGCGGGUCCAAGCAGAAAGUGCAGCAGCACCAGCAGUACCAGCUGCCCGAGCUGGGCCGCACCCUCAGCGCCCCCCUGGGCUCCUCCUGCCCGGCGCCCUCCUCCAUGGCCCCUGGCGGUGGAGGAGGAGGAGGGGGGUCGCCGGGGGGAUGCGGCCACCCGACGCCGCCGGGAGCCGCCACCACCGCCGUGGCCGACAUCCAGCAGGGCAUCUCCAAGUACCUGGACGCGCUCAACCUGUUCUGCCGGGCCAGCGCCUUCCUCGGCGACCUCUUCAGCGGCGUCUUCCGCAACUCGCACUACUCCAAAGCGGCCGCGCAGCUGAAGGACGCGCAGGAGCACGUCCUGGAGGCGGCCGGCCGGCUCACCGCGGCCGUGAAGCCCGAGAUCGCCAAGAUGCUGAUGGAGCUGAGCGCCGGGGCCGCCAACUUCAAAGACCAGAACGACUUCAGCCUGCAGGACGUGGAGGUGCUGGGCCGCUGUUUCCUGAUGGCGAUGCAGGUCCAUUUCCAGUUCCUGUCUCAGGCCUUGCAGAAGGUGCAGCCCGUGGCCCAGUCCUGCCUGGCGGAGGCCCUCGCCCAGGCCCAGGAGCGCCGCGGCAGCGCCCGGCCCCAGGGCUCCACCCCCGGGCCCCUCACCGAGCUGGAGGAGGCCGCCCGGUCCUGGAAGGGGGCCGCUGAGGCUACGUCGCGGCUGAGGGAGAGGGGGCGGGACGGCUGCCUGGCCGGCAUCGAGGUCCAGCAGCUCUUCUGCUCUCACAACGCCACCAUCCCCGAGCACUCGCUGAAGGACCUCAACCUGAAGAUCGACAACGCCUUGCAGGCUUAUAGAGUAGCAUUAGAGAGCCUGGGUCACAGAGAGUAUGCGUUGAAGGCUGGCUUCCACCUCAAUCCCAAAUCUGCUGAAGCGGCUUUACAGGGCUGCUGCAGCGAUGCGGAGGCCCAGCAGGCAGGGCAGAUGCAGACCCCCUCCCAGCCCAUCCAGUACGAGCUGCCCACCAUCCCACUGCACAUCGGCUCGCACUUCCUAAAGGGCGUGUCUUUCAACGAGUCAGCCGCCGAGAACCUCAAACUGAAAACGCACACCGUGCUGCAGCUGAUCAAGGAGGGGACGGGGCUCAACGGCGUCACCCCCCGGGACGAGUCCCCCGUCAUCGAGGUUCUCAACCAGGUCUGCCCCUCCAGCUGGAGAGGGGCCUGCAAAACUGCUGUGCAGCUGCUGUUCGGACAGGCCGGUCUGGUGGUUGUCGACACCGCUCAGAUUGAGAACAAGGAAGCCUACGCACCGCAGAUCACAUUGGAGGGCUCCAGAAUCAUGGUUCAGGUCCCCUCUACAUGGUGUCUGAAGGAGGACCCGGCCACCAUGUCUCUGCUGCAGCGGAGUCUGGACCCCGAGAAGACGCUGGGCCUGGUGGACGUUCUCUACACUGCCGUCUUCGACCUCAACAGGUGGAAGGACUUCAGAGACCAGGCCCUGCCCACCAUUCAGAUACAGCUGCAGCGGGAGAGCCCCGACUAUGGAGCGCCGGCAGAGCUCCCGGCUGGGAACGGGCUCAAGCCCUCCAGCGGUCUGCCCAAGACCAUCUCCAAGCUCACCUCCAAGUUCACCAAGAAGGCCUCCCCGAGCGGAGGCAGCAGCGGCAGCUACUCCAUCCCCAGCACCCCGUCCCGCAGCGUCUUCCCUGGGGGCAGCUCCGAGGACAAGGCCAAGGUCCCGGGCGGGGCAGGGGGCGGGGCUGACAGCCGGCUGCAGAGCCUCCUCAACGCGAGCCUGUCGCGCACCCCUGGGCAAUUGUUCCAAGGUCCGGCCGAUAUGCUGGCCAAUGGCUACCCCCCCGACUUCAAGGGCAUGAACCUGCCCACGGACCAGGAGAUGCAGGACGUCAUAGACUUUCUCUCAGGGUUCAACAUGGGCAAGUCCCAGCAGGCCUCCCCCCAGGUCAAGAGGAGGAACUCUGUGGCGUCCACCAACGCAGCCGAGCUCAAACCCCCAGCAGGACCCCCGCCAACCUCGCAGGCCCUGUCCCAUGGCAUCCUGCAGGCCCCUCCCCUGCAGGUGUUGUCCCAGCAACAGCAUCAGCACCAACAGCAGGAGCCCCCAGCUCAGAAACAACCACAGCAGCAGCAGCAGCAGCAGCCGCAGCUGUCCCAGCAGGCACUGCAGUAUUAUCAGCAUCUCCUGCAGCCCAUUGGCCAGCAGCAGCCCGCCUCUCCCCAGCUGCAGUCCCAGCAGCCACUGCCCCAGCAGCAUCCUCCGCAGCGAGCGCAGGCCAAGUGGCCCGCGAGCUCGGCCCCCCCACAGGCCCCUCCCCCUUCCGGGCUCUCCCCCAUCGGGCAGCUGGGGCAGUGGGGUGCGCCGGGCCUCCCGAACCUCAGCUCGGACCUGUACAGCCUGGGCCUGGUGAGCACCUACAUGGACAGCGUGGUGUCAGAGAUGCUGGGGCACAAGCCUCACGGCCCGCGAAACAACACCUGGCCAAACCGGGACCAAAGUGAGGGGUCCUACGGGUCCCUGGGGGACACCUUGCCAUUCGACCCAGCCGUUGGCUCUGACCCUGAGUUUGCUCGGUAUGUGGCCGGGGUGAACCAAGCCAUGCAGCAGAAACGGCAAGCGCAGCACGUCCGUCGCCCUAGCAACGCCCGCAGCAACUGGCCAAUCGCUGAUGAGGCACACAGGACCUGGCCCCACCCUGAAUACUACACGGAGGGGUCCUUCUGUCAUGUGACCAGGGAUGCCGUGAACAGCAGCUGGUCAGCCAAUCAGGGGGACUCCGCCAGCUCCAGUGAUGAAACCUCCUCGGCCAAUGGGGACAGCCUGUUCUCUAUGUUCUCAGGACCUGACCUCGUAGCAGCUGUCAAACAGAGAAGAAAACACAGCUGUGGCGAGCAGGAAGUGUGUCCUUUGCCCUCGUCACCUCUCCACCACUCCGGGGACGAUAACAAUCAGGAGAGUAAAACAAAGACGUGGCCCCCCAAGGCCCCCUGGCAGCACUCCUCCCCCCACACCAACACUCUGCCCAAUCCGAGCUCUUCCUUGUACCAGAUGACCAUCCCCUCCAGCCAAUGGAACGACUCGAUGCAAAUGCUGCAGUCGCCGGUGUGGUCCACGGCCAGCGACUGCUCCCCCUCGCCAGGGAUCUCCUCUGGGAUCUCCUCUGGUUUCCCCUACGCCCAACAGCAGCAGCAGCAGAGCCCAGCGCAACAGCAGCAAGCCUCCCAGCACAAGCCCAUUAACAAGGGUUUCAAAACUUUCCCCUUCAAGCACGAACACCGGCCCUCCUACCUGCACCAGUUCUGACCCCGCCCGCUGGGAACCCGACCCAGCCAAACGUCCGGGGCUCGGAGCGCCGCCUCUAACUUGACUAACCAACCGAGAAGUGAAGGAAAUGUACAUAGGCUUGUCGCGUACUCGUGGCUGUGUUCCUCGCUAACGGCUAAAUGGCCACGACCAUUAGGCAUCAGUCCUCCAAUCAGAAAUGCGUAAAAUGGAAAAACGAGUCUCUUCAGAUGCAUUUUUAGAAAGCAUGCGAGUAUUUUGUACGUAUUUUUUCCAUUUCACAAACCCCCAUUUUCAAAGCAAAUGUUUUCUAAGCCCUCGAACCCGCUAACGAGUCGCGCGUGAGCCACGUUAGGAGCAGCUGGUCUGACGGUCGUGUCCUGGCCUGAUUUACGUACGUGCUUUAUUUCCUGCGACGUUGGUAGCCUGUGGCAUGCACACUGUGCAACCAUCCAUGAUGUUACCGCAGCCGAAUGAAUGUGAUAGUGUGUGCGUCUGUGUCUGUAGGGGGCUGGGGGAGGGGAGGUUCUUCUGGUACCCCCUCCAUUAACUGUACUGUGUGUCUAAGAAGCUGUGACUGCCAAAUCUCAUGUCAAAUCAUGUGGUGAACCAGACUACAGCCCUUCACAAUUGUUUCAUAGUUUGUAAAUGACUCUGUUUGUUAUAUAAAUAAUUUACUUCUUUUUAUUAGAAGCUUUGAGCAGGCUCAGCAAAAGUAUAAUAAUCAUUGCAGAGGUGCAAUUUGGAAGACGUACACUACUUUUUUGACAACUGACUAUGUAAGAAUAGUAGCAGUAUCUAUGUGCCAUGCUAAUAUUGGCAACUUGCAGAUAAUUAUUUUCCAACCAAAGUGUCAUUCAGAAGGUGACUUCAGUGUAAAAGAAUGGAGUCUGAUAUUGUCUAAAAUGCAGUUGCCCAGCCCAAUAUAUAAUAAACUGAAUGUCCAAUGGUCAAAGCUCUUAGUUCUGAGUUUGGAUUUUGUUUUCCCUGAUUUGCAGGUUGUUUCUGAAAUAACUAUUCACCUCUUAAAAAUAAACUCUGCAUUUGGUCAUUUAAUACAAUAUUUUUCUUGUACAAAUGUUAACAGUAUUAAUCUUAUUUUUGUAUUUUUGGAAAUAUACCAUUACUAUAUGUGGCUAAUAUAGGCAUAUGUAUGAGACUAUUUUUUCUUCCCCUUAAAGAUGGUGAAAAGCACAUUUUCUUUGCUACAGAGUUUAACUGCAUCAAUAUAUUUAAAAGGUUACCAAAUAUGCCAUUAUAAAUAUUUGGGGGAAAUUGGGUGGUUUUUUUUUGAGACCACAUCUUUGGUUUCUAUGGCGGUGGGCUGUUUUUAAACACGGAGAAUGUUACCUUUUUUGUGAUGUUUGUGGAUGCCAAUGUUGCCUGUAUUUAUAUUACACCAUUUUCUGAAAACUAAGAUACCAUGUUUACAGAGAAUUGUUUGCUGUGUAUAUAUGUAUACCUUUUAUGGUUACAUGCUUUGCACAAUCAGAAUAUGGGGUUUGUUGCUUUUUGUCUGUUAAUCUCCCUAAACUUUUGCAGCCUUUAACAAAAAUCAUAAAGACCUUGAACUCUCUCUGCAGGGUCAAAUGGUUUACAACUUGGUUCUACUAAAAUAUUGUAAUCCAGACAGAAAAUAGAAGGAACUGUUUGGCUACUGUUUAUUUGAUUAAAUGCAACAAAAAAAUCAAUGUAGAAAGACAAGUACUUGAAUUUUGGGUAUUGUUUUACUUGAGGUUGUUUCCAAACAAAUUCCUUUAGUUAGGGGGUGUUGGCUUUGUGGGGUUGAAAAAGCUGUAUAAAUAUUGUUCUGCUUAUUGUUAGUCUCUUUUUGUGACAGACCCCAAACUCAAUAUUUAAAAUUUCUCCUAACCUUAUAUUGCAGAUUCCGAAAGUGGUCACUUGUUAUCUUCAGUAGAUGAGCAGUCCAGUUACAAAAUGACUACCAAGAAACAGACCAAGGCAAGGCUCUAGAAAAGGAAAGGUGUAAAGGCAAACCAUUCUCCUGACACUGUUAUGUAGGUGCUCUUAAUGUUAAAUACGCUUCAGAGAAAACUUUGAAAAGAUAGCAGGCAGUUUAAACUCAUUUCAUCGCAUUUGGUCAGAGCAGUUCUCCACAAACGUUCCUUUCACUGAAACUGCCAAGUGCUAGAGCCCAGACUUACUUGCUCUAGACUCAUUUUCUUUUUCGUGGAGUACAAUGUUUUUCCAACCUGAAAUUGUACAUUUUGUAUUUUACAUUCGAAAGCUUCUGUAAUUAAAAAAAGAAAAGAAAAACUAUUUGCUUUACUACAGAUGAACAUUUAACAAUAAAAAAAAAACUUUGGCAAUUG